AUGCUAUUCGAACAAUACCAUCCCCAAGAUCUGUUGACGCCAUCGGUCAACAACGAUGGCGUUCCUAAAUUAGAUUCUAGUUUAACAUCACUUGAUUUUUAUUUACUUGAUGACAUCGAUCUAUAUCUUAAUUCUGUUUCAUCCAUAAAGGCAACGAAUAAUGAUUUAAUUAACGAUAGUAUACAUGAUAUUAGCCAACAUCCAGAAGACUUUUUCUUUGACAUUGAUUUUGAUAAUUUAAAUACUUUUAAUGAAAAAUCAGAUGCUUUUGCUGAAUCAGUACCAAUAGAAGAAAUCGAUAUUGAAAAAUGGAUAAGUCAAGCGUCCUUUCCGUCUCCUCCAAUGGAUACAAACACUUCUCCAUCAUCAAAUGCUGACGAUGCAUCAUCGAUACUUUCAUGGAUUGGUGAUGAAUCUCCAGUUAACACAGAUAUGAUUGUACCACCAUCACCAUCUUUGUCAUCCACAGAUUCAUCUUCAAUGCCAUCAACAAAAAAACAGAAACUUACAACUACGGAACGAAAAUUACGAAAAAAGGAUCAAAAUAAAUCAGCAGCAGAAAAAUAUCGAAUUAAAAAAAAAUCUGAACGUCAUGAAUUACUUGAUCGACAAUCAAAAUUGAAGGACAUAAAUCUUGAAUUAAAAUUAGAAUUGGAAAAUUUAACAUACCGUGUUGAACAAUUUAAACAGUUAUUUGCCAAUCUAUCUGAAAUAAAUCCGUCAAUAUCAAUUUAA